UUUUUUUUUUCUCCUGCCGCCUCGUCCCUCGGCUUCGCCAGGUAUGACCGCCUCGCUGCAGCGCCUGUGGCUGGUGCUGCUGCUCGCCGGUGCCACCCUGCUGCUCGGCACUGCGGCCGCUACGCAGAGUGAGGAGCGGCUGUGUGCGUUCAAGGACCCCUAUCAGCAGGACCAUGGAAUCAGCGAGAGCCGAAUCUCUCAGGAGAAUGGCACAAUUCUGUGCAUGAAGGGUAGUACCUGCUAUGGACUUUGGGARAAAACACGAGAAGGAGACAUACACCUUGUAAAACAAGGGUGCUGGUCUCAUAUAGGAGACCCACAGGAGUGUCACUUUGAAGAGUGUAUAGUAACAACCACCCCCUCCUUGAUCCAGAAUGGAACAUACCGUUUCUGCUGCUGCAGUACUGACUUGUGUAAUGUCAACUUCACUGAAAACUUCCCGCCUCCUGAUCCUACUGAUACAACACCUUUCAAUUCUUCUCAUUCCUUCCAUCGAGAUGAGACUAUAGUUAUUGCCCUCGCGUCUGUGUCCGUGCUGGCCGUGCUGAUUGCGGCGCUCUUCUUUGGAUACCGGAUGCUUGCAGGAGACCGCAAGCAGGGUUUGCACAGCAUGAACAUGAUGGAGGCGGCCACAUCGGAGCCCUCGCUGGAUCUCGAUAACCUGAAGUUACUGGAGUUGAUUGGCCGGGGACGAUACGGAGCAGUGUAUAAAGGCUCCCUGGAUGAGCGCCCCGUUGCUGUGAAGGUUUUUUCUUUUGCUAAUCGCCAGAACUUCGUCAAUGAGAGGAACAUCUACAGAGUUCCCCUGAUGGAGCAUGACAACAUUGCCCGCUUCAUYGUGGGAGAUGAAAGGUUCACUGCAGAUGGGCGUAUGGAAUAUUUAUUGGUGAUGGAAUAUUACCCCAACGGCUCUUUAUGCAAGUAUCUGAGUCUCCACACGAGCGACUGGGUGAGCUCUUGUCGCUUGGCCCAUUCUAUUACGAGGGGCUUGGCCUACCUGCACACGGAGCUGCCCCGCGGAGACCAUUACAAACCUGCCAUAUCCCACCGUGACCUGAACAGCCGCAACGUGCUGGUGAAGAACGACGGCACGUGCGUCAUCAGUGACUUUGGGCUCUCCAUGAAGCUCACUGGGAACAGGCUGGUGCGCCCCGGCGAGGAAGACAACGCGGCCAUUAGCGAGGUUGGUACGAUCCGCUAUAUGGCCCCAGAAGUGCUGGAGGGAGCAGUGAACCUGCGGGACUGUGAGUCUGCCUUGAAGCAAGUGGAUAUGUAYGCGCUGGGGCUCAUCUACUGGGAGAUAUUUAUGAGAUGCACAGACCUCUUCCCAGGGGAAUCUGUGCCAGAGUACCAGAUGGCGUUCCAGACAGAAGUUGGAAACCAUCCCACUUUUGAAGAUAUGCAAGUCUUGGUGUCUAGGGAGAAGCAAAGACCAAAAUUCCCAGAAGCCUGGAAAGAAAACAGCCUGGCUGUGAGGUCACUCAAAGAGACCAUUGAAGACUGUUGGGAUCAAGAUGCUGAAGCGCGGCUGACAGCGCAGUGCGCUGAGGAGAGGAUGGCAGAGCUCAUGAUGAUCUGGGAGAGGAACAAGUCGGUUAGCCCGACGGUCAACCCCAUGUCAACUGCCAUGCAAAACGAGCGGAAUCUCUCGCAUCACAGGCGUGUGUCCAAGAUAAGGCCAUAUCCAGAUUACUCCUCUUCCUCCUACAUCGAGGACUCCAUGCACCACACGGACAGCAUAGUGAAGAACAUUUCCUCUGAGCAUUCAAUGUCCACGACGCCGCUGACUUCGGGGGAGAAGAACAGAAACUCCAUUAACUACGAGCGGCAGCAAGCCCAGGCUCGCAUCCCCAGCCCCGAGACCAGCGUCACCAGCUUGUCCACCAACACCACCACCACCAACACCACCGGCCUCACGCCCAGCACUGGCAUGACCACCAUAUCGGAGAUGCCUUACUCAGAUGAAACCAACUUGCACCCUGCAAACGUCAUGCAGCCGGGGGGGCCCACCCCGGUUUGUCUGCAGCUAACGGAGGAGGACCUGGAGACCAACAAACUGGAUCCAAAGGAAGUGGACAAGAACCUGAAGGAGAGCUCUGAUGAGAACCUGAUGGAGCAUUCCCUCAAGCAGUUUAGCGGGCCAGAUCCACUCAGCAGCACGAGUUCCAGCUUGCUCUACCCACUCAUAAAACUCGCUGUGGAGGUGACAGGGCAGCAGGACUUCACGCAAACUGGCAAUGGUCAAGCGUGUUUGAUUCCUGAUGUCCCAUCUGCUCAGGUCUAUCCUCUCCCCAAGCAACAAAACCUUCCGAAGAGGCCGACUACCCUUCCUUUAAACGCUAAAAAUUCGACGAAGGAGCCACGGUUAAAGUUCGGUGGCAAGCACAAAUCAAACUUGAAGCAAGUGGAAACGGGAGUGGCCAAGAUGAACACGAUCAACGCGGCCGAGCCUCACGUGGUGACAGUCACCAUGAACGGCGUGGCUGGCAGAAGCCACGGCCUGAACUCUCACGCUGGCACGGCCCCCUACGCGAACGGGACGGUGCCCUCGGGCCAGACGAGCAGCUCCGUCGCGCAGAGGGCCCAGGAGAUGCUUCAGAACCAGUUCAGCGGGGAGGAUAGUCGGCUGAAUAUCAACUCGAGCCCCGACGAGCACGAGCCCCUGUUGAGGCGGGAGCAGCAGGUUGGCCACGACGAGGGCGUCCUGGACCGCUUGGUGGACAGGAGGGAGCGUCCGCUGGAUAAYGGCCGAACGAAUGCCAACAACAACAACAGCAAUCCGGGCCCGGCGCAAGACGCGGCUGCGCUCGGCGUCCAGAGCGUAGCAAGAAACCCCGGGCAGAGCCAGCCUAGAAGAGCACAGAGGCCCAACUCACUGGAUCUGUCGGCCGCCAGCAGUUUGGAUAGCAGUAGUGUGCAGUGUGACUCCUCGCAGGAGGGCAAAUCGGGCUCAGGAGACAAGAUCAAGAAACGUGUGAAAACUCCCUACUCGCUCAAGCGGUGGCGUCCGUCCACGUGGGUCAUCUCCACGGAGCCGCUGCCCUGCGAGGUCAACAACAACGGGCGGGAGCGGGGAGCCCAGCCCAAGUCCAGCACCGCCGUGUACCUCGCGGAAGGAGGCGCCGCCACCACCAUGGUGUCCAAGGACACAGGAGUGAACUGCCUGUGAAAYGCGCUCCAAGCCCAGCAAUGACCUUUUUUUUGCAUUAUUUGAAACCAGAUGUGCAGAAGACAUUUGAAAAAACUGCUUUCUCCUCCUGUCAGCAGCCCCCUACCAAGGACUCGCUUUAAAUAGAUUUCAGCUAUGCAGAAAAUUUUUAGCUUAUGCUUCCAUAUUUUUUUAUUUUGUUUUAUUUUUUGGAUGUUUUUGCACUUUUAUUUAGUAUCGCUAAAGUUAAGUCUGUCUGUUUUGACCACAGAAUAUAUAUAUGUGUAUCAAAAAUGUGGUCGCAAAAUAUUUUUUUAAAAAAAAAAGUAACAAAAAAAGUAUUGCUGAUAAUCAGUUUGGACCAGUUUGUUAAGGUCACUAAGAUCAUAAGCAGACUAUAAGACAGGUUUGACUGCAGUGGUGUCUUGUAACCAUGUUUUGAUUUCUGUGCACAAGCUAGUGUGUAUAUUUCUAUGUUAAAAUGUAUUCUCUUUUGAACUUUUAUUUUCCUUGUGUCAUGUUGAAAUGUGCAAUAGUCUCUAGUUCACAGUAUGCUUUCUGGAGAAGUGUGUUUCCUGACCUGCCCCGUUCCCUCUCUGUGAGUGUUUGUUCAUUCUUCCCUGACAGUGGAGCCGUCGGCCGGUCCUGGCGGGGCCCUUUGCACAGCGGAGCCGGCUCGGAGCAGCUGCCUGGACCACGUUGUGCCCGGAGGUGACAGUGCAUGCAGCUUCCCGACGGGAAAGGGCUCUUCAAAAGGAGCUACAAAAAAGGAAGCGAGCUCAGUACCUUUCCUUUAAUCCUUCCAAAUCUAAAUGUGUUUCCUAGUAGAUGCUAGCCUGUGAAGUUUGGAAUAACAAAACAUUGAACAAAUGUAAGGAAACCAUGUCAGCCGUUUUUCCAUUUUCUUUUGUGUGCAGUUUCAGCCUAUGUAUUUAUGUAAAUCCUUAUUUAGAUCACUGAAAAUGUACAUUGAAAAAAUACAUUUUUAUCAGCUAUGUAAAUGACUGUCGUACUGAAAAGCUCUAGUGAAGACAGUUGCUAAGAUAUUUUGUUUACAUGGAGAACACAAAAUCAUGAAUCCUGAUUGGCACAAACUGUUCUGUGAUGAGUCACAAAUCCUGCAGGAUUUACCUCCUACCAAAAGUGCGAGGUAAAAUCAGCCCAAUUACUUUUGCAAGUAGCUGCAUCCCAAAUGCUCCUGUUGCAGAGCUAUAACUCUUCUUCCCAUCAGAGCCUCUCAUUCAUCUUGUUAAAAUAUAAUGCAUGCUUUUAAACUUCACGGUUGUGAGUGUCUUGGGGUGAGAGCUCUUUGCUUUUUCUGGUUAGAAGUUUCUCUCUGCUUGUGUAAACACUCCACACAGUGACUUCAGGUGUCAGUGAUCAGGAACRUAGCGUCUGUUGAGAAAAAUUGUUUUUGCAUCUUCUCAAGUAAACGUUAUUAUCAUAACAUUAUUGCAGCAAUCGUUUUUGCUGUCUACUGAGAGAAAAUUAAUAUCUUUACUGGCCAAACCCUCCUUCUGUCUAAAGCAUUUAGCUGGAGAAAUCAUCUUUCAGAUUAAAAAAAAMAAAACAAAAAACCUUCCUUAAAGCCAAUUUACAUUAGAAGUAAAUUGUGCCAGCUCUAUUCUUUACAUCUCAUGACCUACCUGGCAUAUAUAAUAAAUGCUUUCCUACACCUGUUUCUUACUGUUGCCCAACACCUCUGUUCAUACCCGAUUUCUGUGAUUUCCCAUCUUGAUGUUCCUUAAGUAACUCUUAGAUUCUCCUAGAUGUCUCCAAGAGGUCAAGCUGUAUGACCAGGCUCAGGUUCAGCGUAGCUGUGGGAACACAGGCCAGGACAGGGUUUGAGCUCGCCGG